AUGCCGGACGGAUUGAUACUACCGAUUGCAAAUCAAAAGGACUACAUUCGAGCCGCACUAGAAGCGGGAAAGCAUGUAUUAUCCGAGAAGCCAGUUGCCAAGAAUCUCGAGGAAGCACACGAGUUGAUAACUUGUGACACAGAAACCGAUUGGCGCAAAAACCCAGUUCACCAAGGUGGCUUCUUACUCGAUGGAGGUGUGCACUAUGUUGCAGGUCUGAGACGACUUCUAGAAUCGCAGCCCUCCAGCAAAGUAUGUCGCUUAUCAUCCUUCACGACUUUACUACAAAGUCACCUUCCACCCGUCGAUACGAUCAAUGCGAUUCUGAAACUUGAAUCGGGAGUUAGUGGAACAUACCAGCAAUCGGUAGGUACUUCGCUCACGGGGUCUGAGUGGACUGUUGGCUAUGAGCACGGCGUUGUCUCGGUUGCUGGUUCUAAAGUCGUUGUCACUGUGGCCGGUAAUACCGAAGUGAAUAUCAUUGAAGACGAAAGAACGGGUGUGCCGCCUGUGGUCCGUAUCUGGGCAGAGGCAAUCGCGGCUGGAAUCACGGUCAAAGACUUGGAGCCUGAGGAAGCGCUGGCUGAUCUAGAAGUGCUUGAACUUAUGCUCCGAAGCGGAGAGAGUGAUGGGUUGUCUAUGUCUUGCCAAUAUCAACACAUUGUAUCUAAUCCUAAUUGA